GGGACUUUGCCUGCCCGCAGUUUUCGUACGUUCACGGCUCGUGCGACACAAACAAACUGCUGUCAUAAUUCAGCACUGUCUGUAAGGUAAAUUAACAUUUUACGAGACCAAACUUCGUGAAGUCAUAAUGGGACGUGAAUCGAGACACUACAGGAAGCGUUCGUCGUCUCGGGGCCGGUCGGGAACCCGGUCCAAGAGUCGCUCCCCGGAAAGACGCUCCAAGAAAGACGACCGAGACCGGAGCAGGAGAGACAGGUCGCGGAGCCGAGACCGCCGAAGGUCCCGAUCCAGAGAUAGAAAAAGAGCCAGGCGUUCCAGGAGCAGAGACCGAAGAAGGUCCAGAAGCCGGGACAGGAAACGGUCCGGGAGCAGGAAUCGGACACGCAGGUCUCGAACUGCCAGCCCGGCGAAGAGCAAGAAAACUGAUGAAAAGCCAAAGAGCAAAGAGAAAGACAACCUUCAUCCUGUUUCUGACAAAAAGAUUAAAGAGGAAAAAGAAGAUGAGAAGGUUGAAGAUCAAGACUUUGACCAGAACAAACUGGAGGAGGAGAUGAGGAAGAGGAAGGAGAGGGUGGAGAAAUGGAGGGAAGAGCAGAGGAAGAAGGCCAUUGAAAACAUCGGGGAGAUCAAGAAAGAGCUGGAGGAAAUGAAGCAGGGCAAGAAAUGGAGCCUUGAGGACGACGACGACGAUGACGAGGAUUUUUCGGCUGUGGUGGAGGCUGACGAUGACGAAGAAACGGAUGGAAAGGGGGAGGGCAAGGAGAAGGAUGCAAAGGAGGUGAAGAAAGAGGAAAGCGAGAAGGAAGAGACGACUCCCAUGGAGCAGCAGGCCGAGGAGGACGAAGUGGAUCCUCUGGAUGCUUACAUGGAGGAAGUCAAACAGGAGGUGAAGAAGUUCAACAUCGGAGCAAUGAAGGGAAACGACAAGAAAGGAGCAAUGACCGUAACUAAAGUGGUGACGGUUGUUAAAACUAAAAAGUUGCCUCACACACACAAGAAGAAGGGUGAGCUGAUGGAGAACGACCAGGAUGCCAUGGAGUACUCGUCAGAGGAGGAGGAGGUGGACCUGCAGACGGCUCUGACAGGCUUCCAGACCAAACAGAGAAAAGUUCUGGAGCCCGUCGACCACGGGAAGAUCCAAUAUGAGUCGUACCGCAAAAACUUCUAUGUGGAGGUUCCUGAGCUGGCCAAGAUGACACCAGAGGAAGUAAACUCAUUCAGACUGGAACUGGAAGGGAUUACUGUCAAAGGGAAGGGUUGUCCCAAACCCAUCAAGACCUGGGUCCAGUGUGGGGUGUCCAUGAAGAUCCUGUCCUCCCUGAAGAAGCAUGGCUACGAGAAGCCCACACCGAUCCAAGCUCAGGCCAUCCCUGCCAUCAUGUCGGGUCGAGACCUCAUUGGCAUCGCUAAGACCGGAAGUGGGAAAACCAUCGCUUUCCUGUUGCCCAUGUUCCGACACAUCAUGGACCAGAGACCCCUGGAGGAAUCUGAGGGACCCAUCUCUGUAAUUAUGACUCCGACCAGAGAGUUGGCUUUACAGAUCACGAAGGAGUGCAAGAAGUUCUCCAAAGCUCUGGGACUGAGGGUGGUGUGUGUUUACGGAGGCACGGGAAUCAGCGAGCAGAUUGCUGAGCUGAAAAGAGGAGCAGAGAUCAUCGUCUGCACGCCGGGGAGAAUGAUCGACAUGUUGGGGGCCAACAGUGGCCGGGUCACCAACCUGCGCAGAGUUACAUAUGUGGUGCUGGACGAAGCAGACAGGAUGUUUGAUAUGGGCUUCGAGCCGCAGGUGAUGCGUAUUGUGGACAAUGUGCGUCCGGACCGGCAGACGGUCAUGUUCUCAGCCACCUUCCCCAGAGCCAUGGAGGCUCUGGCUCGCAGGAUCCUGUCCAAGCCCAUCGAGGUGCAGGUGGGAGGUCGCAGCGUGGUCUGCUCUGACGUGGAGCAACAUGUGCUGGUGAUUGAGGAGGAAAAGAAGUUCCUAAAGCUGCUGGAGAUUUUGGGUCACUACCAGGAGAAGGGAUCAGUCAUUAUCUUUGUGGACAAACAGGAACACGCAGACGCUCUGCUCAAGGACCUGAUGAAAGCCUCGUACCCCUGCAUGUCUCUGCACGGAGGAAUCGAUCAGUACGACAGAGACAGCAUCAUCAACGACUUUAAGAACGGAGCCUGUCGCCUGAUGGUGGCCACCUCUGUGGCAGCCAGAGGUUUGGAUGUCAAGCAGCUCAUCCUGGUGGUCAACUACAACUGUCCCAACCACUACGAGGAUUAUGUCCACAGAGCGGGACGCACCGGCAGAGCAGGCAACAAGGGUUACGCCUACACCUUCAUCACUGAGGAUCAGGCCCGUUACGCUGGAGAUAUCCUCAAGGCUUUGGAGCUGUCUGGAUCUCCUGUCCCUCCAGAACUGGAGCAGCUUUGGGGCUCCUUCAAGGACCAGCAAAAAGCGGAGGGUAAGAGCAUUAAGAGCAGCAGUGGGUUCUCAGGUAAAGGCUUUAAGUUUGACGAGACAGAACAUGCUUUGGCCAACGAGAGGAAGAAGCUGCAGAAAGCUGCACUUGGAUUGCAGGACUCUGAUGAUGAGGAUGGAGCCCUGGAUAUUGAGGAGCAAAUUGAAAGCAUGUUUAAUUCUAAGAAGAGGGUGAAGGAUCUGUCUGCUCCUGGAGCAGCUGCUGGUGCGGCUGGAGGUGUUGCUCCUACAACAGCUGCACCUGGAGGGCUUCCGGGCUUGGCGCCGACGUCUGCAGGGAACAUCCAGAAACUGGAGAUGGCCAAAAGGCUGGCUCUCAAGAUCAAUGCUCAGAAGAACUUGGGCGCUGAGGCUCAGGACGUGAUGCAACAAGCCACCAACGCCAUACUGCGCGGCGGGCCCAUCGUGACGCCGUCCGUGUCAGCCAAGACCAUCGCAGAGCAGCUGGCAGAGAAGAUCAACGCCAAACUGAACUACACGCCCGUGGAGAAGCUGGAGGAGGAGCGGCAGGCGGCUGAACAGGCCGAGACCGUCAGGAGAUACGAAGAGGAGCUGGAGAUCAACGACUUCCCUCAGACUGCCAGGUGGAAGGUGACAUCUAAGGAGGCUUUGCAGAGGAUUGGUGAAUACUCUGAAGCUGCCAUCACCAUCAGGGGGACAUAUUUCCCUCCUGGAAAAGAGCCCAAAGAGGGAGAACGCAAGAUCUACCUGGCUAUUGAGAGUGCAAGUGAGCUGGCCGUGCAGAAAGCCAAAACAGAAAUUACACGACUAAUCAAGGAGGAGCUCAUCAGAUUACAAAAUUCCUACCAACCAACAAGCAAAGGCCGAUACAAAGUGUUGUAGAGGAWGAUGGGUGGCUGAAACGAGGAGUUUCCAUCACUCAGAUUACUCUUUUUUUUUUCAUAAAUAUGUAUUUCAGCCUAUAUUUUAAUGUUUUAUUAAUUAUUUUGGUUCCCCCCUUGUGUUUCAUUUGCCUGCCUGUGAUUUUGUAUCCUCACACACACAAAGAUGUCUGAUAUUACAUGAAUCAUUAAAGCAGCACAAUUCUCCUUUGGGCUAUCUGAGAGAUGCCUUUUAGACAUAAAAUUUGUUUUCUUUAAGGUGAUAUUCUGGUCAAGUUUAUGUACACGCAGCYUGAAAAUGUGGACGAAAGCUGUUUUUACAUUUCCUCAAUAAAACAAUGAACAUGA